AUGCAUGAGGAACUAAAUCAAUUUGCUAGAAACAAUGUGUGGAUUUUAGUUCCUAGACCUGAAAACUGUAAUGUUAUUGGUACUAAGUGGAUCUUUAAGAACAAGACAGAUGACCAAGUUGAGGGAAUUGAUUUUGAUGAGACUUUUGCUCCUAUUGCACGACUUAAAUCCAUUCGGAUUCUGCUUGCUGUUGCCUGUACCCUAGGGUUCAAGCUUCAUCAAAUGGACGUUAAGAGAUUUGUUGAUCCAAAGUUUUCCCACUAUGUCUACAAACACCACAAAGCACUCUAUGGUCGGAAACAAGCUCCUAGAGUUUGGUAUGAGAGACUUACGUCAUAUCUUGAGGAACAUGGGUUCUCUCAAGGUGAUGUUGAUAUGACCUUAUUUAUUAGACAUAUUGAAGAAACUAUCACUAUUGCCCAAAUUUACGUCGAUGACAUCAUUUUUUGUUCUCCCAUUGAGUCUCUAGCAUAUGAGUUCGCCGAGUGUUUGAAGCAAGAAUUUGAGAUGAGUAUGGUUGGUGAGUUGCAUUACUUCCUUGGACUCCAGGUGAAACAGACUGAGGAUGGGUUGUUUAUUUUACAGUCUAAGUAUGCAAAGGAUUUAGUUAAGCGUUUUGGGUUAGAUAGUAAGAAGCAUACUAGGACACAUAUGAGUACUAGAUUGAAGUUAGGUCGUAAUCCUUCAGGUAAGAGUGUAGAUCCUUCACUAUAUCGAAGUAUGAUAGGUAGUCUUCUCUAUCUCACAGCUACAAGACCUGACAUUGCUUUCAGUGUUGGAGUGUGUGCUCAAUUUCAGGCAAAUCCCAAAGAAUCACACUUAAGCUCGGUUAGACGUAUCAUUAGAUAUGUGAGUGGUGCCGUUGAUCUAGGCAUUUUCUAUUCUAGAGAUUCUAAUCUUGAUUUGGCUGGCUACUUUGACGCCGAUUGGGCUGGGAAUGCAGAUGAUAGAAAAAGUACGUCUGGGGGCUGUUUCUACAUGGGUAGCAAUCUCGUAGCCUGGUUAAGUAAGAAACAAAAUUUCAUAUCCCUAUCCACGGCAGAGACCGAAUACAUAGCAGCUGGGAGUUGCUGCACUCAGUUUCUCUGGAUGAAGCAAAUGCUGAAUCAUGUCUCUACUGACAACCAAUUGGCCGAUCUACUUACGAAACCACUAGAUGGGUUGAGGUUUGAGUCGCUUCGGACGACUGUUGGAUCAAACUCUAUCUUUCACCAUAUGUACGAGUCUGAGGUUCCAUCGUAG